AUGUCGGGAUCAUCCAAUGGCUCCAUCAUCGGGUCCGACACCCAUCUUCCCUCUGGGAGUGUCGGAUACCAUCCCGCCGAUCACUCGGGUUCUUCCUCGGUGUAUGGCGCUGAACACCGUCUGCUGAACAAUGGCGGUAGUACCACGGACAAUUCUCAGGAUGGCUUUUACUCCCCUUCGAGUAUAGGUGGGAGGUUCUCGCUCAGGCGUCCGACUCACCGCGUAGCUUCUACCAGCGGCCGCUCCACUGGCAUCCCCGCCUUGAGUGAGAAGCUGAACCCCCGGGGCAACACGACGAACGGUAUGCUCGGACCAGUGGACGGCACAAUCGGCAGCACAACGCUGGCAGACACUGGAGAAUACGGCACAAAGAAGAGCUAUGGCCCAAGUGGAAAAGACUUGUACGCCAUUGCUGCCAAUCCCUUUUCUUGGGAUACAAAGGACGGACAGCCUGAACCCGACGACUUCUUGCAUGAUCCCCGCGACGAGGGCAGGGGAUCGUGGCUGGCGGGCGGCUUCCCCGUACGAGCCGUGUGCAACAUGGGAGUCCUCUUCAUCCUCAUUGCCGGUAUCCUCCUCCUCUUUGCGGGCUAUCCCAUCAUCACUGCCUUUACCAACACGGGCGACACUACCAAGGGUGGCUUCAACCUCGGUGGAAGCAAUGCUUCGGGUCAGAUUGCGGCCUUCACCGGCAUGAGGACUGGCCUCAUCGAUCCCGACACUCCCGCCAGCGCCCUCACAACGACGUCCAUGGUCGAUGGCAGCACCAUGAACCUCGUCUUUUCCGACGAGUUUAACACCGACGGCCGAUCCUUUUACCCCGGCGACGACCCUUUUUGGGAAGCCGUUGACCUGCACUACUGGGGUACGAACAACUACGAGUGGUACGACCCUGCUGGUGUCACCACUGCCGACGGAGCCCUUCAGAUCACUCUCAGCCAGCACGAGGAGCACAACCUCAACUUCCGCGGCGGCAUGCUCCAGGGCUGGAACAAGUUCUGCUUCACCGGCGGAUACCUCGUCGCCUCUGUCAGGCUGCCCGGAGCAGCUGAUGUGCCUGGUCUAUGGCCGGCUUUCUGGACGCUGGGAAAUCUUGGACGUGCCGGGUAUGGUGCUACCUUGGAGGGUACGUGGCCUUAUUCGUACGACGUGUGCGAUGUGGGCACUCUGCAGAACCAGACGUUUGUCAAUGGCACGCCCACGUCGGACCAGAUUGGUGGUGCAGUGGGCUUCAACAAGAAGCACAACUACAAUUCGCUGUCCUUUCUCGCUGGUCAGCGGCUGUCGGCGUGCACUUGCCCCGACGACGAUCAUCCGGGUCCUCUGUACUCCAAUGGCACUCGCCGCGGUCGCUCUGCUCCCGAGAUUGACGUCUUUGAGGCUCAGUCUACCGGUACCGAGAUUGAAGUCUCGCAGUCCGCUCAGUGGGCUCCUUUCAACGACCUCUACCAGGUGAAGAACACCACGCUAGGGUACGAGUUCUUCCAAAAGGGAGAGUUCAACACCUAUACCGGUGAGAUUACGCAGCAGUCAACGUCUGGUGUGAUUGUAGCGGAUCAAAAUGCAGUGGAAAAGGGCGGCGACGGGUCCUUUUCCGAGUACGGUUUCGAGUACGAGCCUGGAACGGAUGGCUACGUCCGCUUCGUCUCUGGUGGCGCACCCUCCUGGCACAUCUACCCUUCCGUCAAUGACCCUGAUCCGAUUUCGGAAAUCUCGCGGAGGAGCUUCCCAAUGGAGCCCAUGUACAUCAUCUUCAACUUGGGCAUCUCGCAAAACUUUGGAACGCCCAAUUGGGACGAGCUCACCUGGCCCAACACCAUGUCUGUGGACUGGGUGCGGGUGUACCAAAAGCCAGGCGAGGAGAAUGUGGGUUGUGACCCUCCGGAUUUCCCCACGGCAGACUACAUUGAGCGUCAUGCCGAGGCGUACAACAAUGCCAACCUCACACUCUGGGGUGGGACGGCUGAUGAGGGUGGAUAUGGAGGGUACUGGCCGAGGAACAGCCUCAACCCCAAUGGAUGUGAUGCCGAGCUGAGCAUCUACCCUGGAAGCCCCACGGUCGACAAGGCAAAGGCAGUCUACCGUGCUUCUGGCGUCGCGUCGAAUUGGAACAGGGCAUAG